AUGAGCAAUUCGACCGAUUCCACUACCGUAUUCGAGACAUUUCUUCUCGAAUAUGGCAGAAUAUUUCAUCCUCCGAUGGUUCUUCUGCUUUGUAUCUCGGGAGCUCUCGGACAUAUGCUCACGAUAACAACGCUCUCUUCAAUGCUCAAUCCGACGAAUAUGUUUCUGAUCUCGAUGAGUUGCAGUCAACUAGCUUUAUGCAUCAACUUUCUCUACUCAACAUUCUUCAAAUUCAUGUCGGAUCAACUAUGUCAACCAUUCUUCUUCUCUUAUUAUAUGGCAUCCACAAUGCAUUUCUCCGUAACUAUUUCAGUUCUAGUUCAUAUGUCAGCUGUGUUUCAUGUAGUUGCUCUUUCAUUGAUCAGAUUCUUUUCAUUGGCUCAACUCUCAAGUGCCAAUUCAAAUGUACCGUGGUUCACAUGGCAGAAAUCUCGAGUUGCAAUCGUUGCAAUCUACGUGAGCGUAAUCUUCCUGUGCAUUCCACUCCAUUUUACUUCACAACUAACAGAAGUCACCGAAAACGAGGGAUGUGCUGAAAGAUAUCCAAUGUUGAGAAAUAAAGUUGCCUAUCAAUUGACGUAUACUCAAAGUAUUUGGUUGAGAAAUUUAAACUUCUGGCUUUUUUAUCUGGUUGCAAAAGUCGUUCCUUCGAUCAUACUCUGCAUAAUGACAUGUCUCAUUCUGGAUCAACUCAAAAAAAUUCAAGUGUUGAGUUCACGUUUCUCAAAUGUGGAACGAGACAAACAACACUCAAGAACUACAAAUAUGAUCCUUGCAAUCAUGGUUUUAUUUAUUAUCGUUGAACUUCCACAAGGAGUUCUCGCUGUUCUUUCGACUAUAUCAAGUGUCAAAUUGAUUUAUGAAUUGGGAGAUUUAACAGAACUAUUCACACUGCUCACUUCUAUUAUUAUCUUUACUUUACUCUGCUCAAUGAAUGGCAAAAUUCGUUCAGCAUUCAAGGAGCUAGCUUGUGUUCGAUCAAUCGGAAGAAUAUUUGCUACAGUUUGUCCCCCACCAAGCCCGGUCGCCGCAAGCUCUUCUGGACACGAUGCACUUCUGGAGCAUAACACGAUCAUCAUCACCAAUUGUCACAUUGACAAAUCAGAAAAUUAUGCGGUUCUCUAA